UUGCCAUAUAUGUAACUGAACUUGACUCACUUCUAAAAGAGAAAUGAAUGUAAAAUGUCGGACAGGGUGUACGUAUUAGUAUCAAAUAUUCCACCUGUUUUCCACACACUAGAUCUCAGACGAUUUUUCUCCGAUUUUGUUGAAAAUGACAAGUUCAUUUGCUUCCAUUACCGUCAUCGACCUCACAAGCAAGAACCAGUCAGAAACGAAAGUGAUAACAAUACAUCCACAAUUAUCAUACCAGCUGCGAAGGACAAGAAAAUCUCCGAACAAAGUGAGGACAAAUCUGCCAAACCGAUCGAAAAAUCCGCUAGGACUGGUGUAGCCAAAACCUUUGGUGAACAAGUGACUGGCCGUGUUCACCAAUCACGUGAUCAGGAGCCACCUGACCGGCCCAGUUGCUGUUGUGUAGUUCAGCUCGAUGCUCAACAUGUAAAUUCAUUCCUUACUAGUUUCCACAGAAAACACUGGUUAGAUUCAACUGAUACAGAGCUAGAUACAAGAUGUUUCAUCGCUAAAAUUGCAAACGACAAACACAGUGAACUGAGUAUACUACCCGAGCAGCGACCCCCGAAUAUAAUGCCCCGGGGUAAUGUUGGAACAUCAACUAAAUUUUUCCUGGAAGCUAUUCGAGACUGUAGACUCCCCGCUAAACUUAUAGGAAAACUUGGUCUGGAGUUCCCUAAAAGUAAACACCGGAAGUACGGUGAAGUGCCGUUUGAGUAUGCUCCAACAAGAACCAAAGGAUGGAAGUCCCUCGAUAGAACUAAACUACAGGCCCUGAACACUGCUGGGCCAAGAAUCGAGGUUGGAGUAGAUGCUGGUAAGGAGGAUUCAGGAGCAGAGGAUGAUGAUGAUACUUGUGAAGAGUGGGAGAGACAUGAAGCUCUGCAUGAUGAUGUUCACGCCAAUAGAACUAUUGGAAGACAGGUGAACUCUAGCAGCUACCUAGCGGAGGGUGGAGACCUGGACCAGCAGCCUGGAACCAAGGAGAAACCAUUCGAGGAGGAAAUAGAGUUGGUUUGGGAGAAGGGAGGCUCAGGGCUUAACUUCUAUACAGACGCACAGUACUGGAAGGCCCAGGAAGGAGAUUUUGACGAGCAGACUACGGAUGACUGGGAUGUGGAUAUGUCGGUCUACUACGAGAAGAAUACAGUUCAUGAUAUGGAUGCUGUCGAUCGGUAUGAUAUGCGAAGAUCUGAAUUCCUCCGCGCCGGAAAGCACUCAGAAUCUGUUUUCAAAAAACGAGAAAAUCCGCAAACCUCAAAACCCGGUCCUUCACGCCCAACAACCUCGCGGGGUCAACACAGAAGAGGAUUAAAAAGACAAAUCGGAGAUUUCGAGGUGUACACUAUAGGAGUAGGAGGACGGAUCAUGAAGGAGGCUGGAUGGAAGGAGGGAAUGGGACUAGGAGCCAAAAACUCCGGAAUACCGACUGCUAUUGAUGGAGAAGAGGACGGCCAAGGGACCUGGAACAAACGAGGACUAGGAUACCAUGGACAGAAGAUAGUAUUUGCCCCUCCCAGACCUCCAGUAGGUCCUCCGCCUCAACCUCCGGCUCCCGGGGGGAUCCGGAUAUCCUCGGUUUACUCGAGGCCGGAACAGCUGGAUCAAUCAGAGAGGGUGGAGAGGUCGAAUCCUAAAGUUUAUGUAAAGUUUCGAGAUCAGCCAAUCAAGUUUCUUGCUGCUGGGAUAGAAGGAGGAAAUAGAAAUAUUGAUAUAUAAUAAGAGGACAUAAGAUCUCACAUGAGAUAUGAACUUAUCAUUACAGAUCUACAUGAGAUAUGGACUUAUUAUCACAGAUCUAUCAUAAGAUUUGGACAUAUCAUCACAGAUUUAUCAUAAGAUUUGAAUUAAUCAUCACAGAUCUACCAUGAGAUAUGGACUUAUCAUCACAGAUCUAUCAUGUGAUAUGGACUUAUCAUCAUAGAUCUACCAUGAGAUAUGGACUUAUCAUCACAGAUCUAUCAUGAGAUAUGGACUUAUCAUCAUAGAUCUACCAUGAGAUAUGGACUUAUCAUGGCAGAUCUAUCAUAAGAUAUGGACUUAUUAUCGCGGUUCUGACAUAAGAUUUGGACUUAUCAUCACAGAUCUGACAUAAGAUAUGGACUUAUUAUCGUGGUUCUGACAUAAGAUUUGGACUUAUCAUCACAGAUCUGACAUAAGAUAUGGACUUAUUAUCACGGUUCUGAUAUAAGAUUUGGACUUGUCAUCACAGAUCUGACAUGAGAUUUGGACUUAUUAUCACAGUUCUAACAUGAUAUUCCCACUUAUCAUCUCUGAUCUGACAUAAGAUAUAGACUUAUCAUCACAGAUCUAAUGUGGAUAAUGGAUUCAGUGUCACAGAUCAAAUCUGUGAUUUUGUGUCUUAAGUUAUGAUAAAAUCUGUGAUUUUGUGUCAUAAGUUAUGAAAUAAGUGACUUGAACCAUCAUUUGUCAAGGGGAGCAUAACAUACCAUCAAUUAAAAUUCCUUCAGUUAUAGACAUAGAAAAAUAGACUGAACUAACGUGAAUAAAAUGUGAUAUAAAACAAUUUAAAAAAAUAAAAAUAUAAUUGUUUUUCAUGUCU